AUGAUAGUGAUGAUGUGGCUGUCCUGUCUGAUGCCCGUCGUCCUGGGCCUGCUGGCCCCUGCUCAUGGUACCGACUACGAGCCCAGUGAGGUGUGUUUUGAUCACCUGGGCUGUUUCUCGGACUCCAUCCCAUGGGCUGGCACCGUGGAGAGGCCUGACCCCCGCCUGCCCUGGAGCCCAGAGCAGAUCGGCACCCGCUUCCUGCUCUUCACCCAGCAGAACCCAGAGUACUACCAGGAGAUCUCUGCCAGCAAGGACCUCCUUCAUGCAUCCAACUACGACGCCGGCAGGAAGACUCGCUUCAUCAUCCACGGCUACCUGACCUCUGCAGAGGAGAACUGGCACACAGACAUGUGCAUGCUGAUUGUGAAAGCGGAGGAUGUGAACUGCAUCAGUGUGGACUGGCCAACCUGGAAGGAGGCGGAGUAUUCCCAGGCAGCCAAUAACAUUCGAGUGGUGGGAGCACAGGUGGCAUACAUGAUGUCAUUCAUGAGGGACUCCUUCAACCAGUCUCCUGCUGACAUGCACGUGAUUGGCCACAGUCUGGGGGCUCACGCCGCUGCAGAGGCAGGCCGCAGGACCAAGGGGCUCGCACGCAUCACAGGUCUGGAUCCAUCUGAGCCCUACUUUGAGAACUGUGCAGCUCUGGUGCGUCUGGACCCCACUGAUGCCACGUUUGUGGAUGUGAUUCACUCCAAUGGCGCUCCUUUCACUCCCACCCUUGGCUUUGGAAUGUCCCAGUCGGUCGGCCAUGUUGACUUCUACCCUAAUGGAGGAGAGGACAUGAUUGGCUGCUCCAAAAACUCUGUGUCUGAGACGGUCACCCCCAAUGACAUCUGGCAAGGUACUCGUGGCUAUGUUGCCUGCAGCCAUCAGAGGGCCUAUAAGUACUACAGUGACACCAUCCUCAACCGCAGCGGCUUCACUGGAUACCCCUGCAAUGAUUACCACAUGUUCCAGGAGGGCAUAUGUACUUCUUGCGAUGGUGAAUGUCCCGUCAUGGGUCAUUUUGCUGACAACUUUACGAUUCCAGAAGGCGUGAGCAAGAUGAGAUAUUACCUCGAAACAGCCGACAAGUCUCCUUUUGCCCGUUACGAUUAUCACGUCAAUGUCACUAUUGAUGGCGCCAUGACCAACCCUGCAUACUUCAAAGUGGCCCUGUAUGGUGAAUCCACCAACACCAUCCAGUACAGGAUCUACAUUGGUACCGUGACGCCAGGCAAGAGUUACGCGAACGACAUUAAGACUAAGGUGGACGUCGGCGAGAUAACACAUGUCAAGUUCGUCUGGGACGACUACCAUGUCAACCCUCUGGCCAAAUUCGGAGCCUCUCGCAUCGAAGUGACCAGAUUCCGGGACAACAAGAUGUUUGUGUUCUGUGGAGACGAGAAGCUGUAUGAGAACCAGCUGCAGACCCUGCAGCCAUGUCCCGCUCAGUAA